AUGGGCAUGUCCAUUUCAAAGCUGCUCUCCGGCCUCUUCGGCAAGAAGGAGAUGCGAAUUCUUAUGGUCGGACUCGACGCCGCCGGUAAGACCACCAUUCUCUACAAGCUUAAGCUCGGAGAGAUCGUGACCACCAUCCCCACCAUCGGCUUCAACGUCGAGACCGUCGAAUACAAGAACAUCUCGUUCACCGUGUGGGACGUUGGAGGACAGGACAAGAUCCGACCCCUCUGGAGGCACUACUUCCAAAACACCCACGGCAUUAUCUUCGUCGUCGACUCGAACGACCGCGAGCGUGUGUCGGAGGCCCGCGAGGAGCUCCAGCGCAUGCUGAACGAGGACGAGCUGCGCGAUGCCCUGCUGCUCGUCUUCGCCAACAAGCAGGAUCUGCCCAACGCGAUGAACGCUGCUGAGAUCACGGACAAGCUCGGCCUGCACAGCUUGAGACAGCGACAAUGGUUCAUCCAGGCCACCUGCGCCACCAGCGGCGACGGUCUCUACGAGGGUCUCGAGUGGUUGAGCACCAACCUCAAGAGGCGAGCUUAA